UCGAGUGCGGUCGCACUCAAAUUCCGUCACAAAACAUUGCCAAGAAUUGACGUGAUUGCGGAUUAAACUUUUGUUUUGCACUUGCUUGAAAAUUUCGCCUCCACCGAAAGACCGAUUAAAUCUAAUAACUCAGCCGUCUGCGCCGCAAUUGUGCAACGAACACGCGCCAAGGGCUGGCGACAGGAGAAAGCGCAGGGAAAAUGGGAAAAACUCCCACUUCGCCAGCGAACGCAAGGAAAGGGGAAAUUGUGUGAUGUCAUUUUGACUGUUUCUUUUCGAGUUAAUUGAAACAACUUCCUGUGCUGCAAUUUUGAUUUUCUGCUGCCAGCCGUUUUUAAGCGCCGCUGUGUGCGUGAGGAAGUGCGCUGGUGUGUGUGUGUGAUUUGCCUAUAUUUAUGUGGUGCAGAAUUAUUUGCCGUUAAAAGCACACGCUUAAUUGGCCAUUAAGUGCUGUUUAAUUUAGUAAUUUUUGCGGGUAGGGGAGAGAAAGAGAGCAGAAAACCCACACGAACACGAAUACCACUCCACACACACACACACACACACACACACGGAAAAGAGAAAAGGUGAAACGCACGCACACCACGGAAAGCACACCGCGAGUGGAGUUGUGUGAGUGGGGCUCCGAUAAAAAACACACGAGAAGUACAACAAAUAAAAUACGUACGGCAUAAACAAAUCGACUUCUAUCGAUUUCCCUCCAAAUCAAAAAGUAUCGAAAAGAUUCCGCCCAGGACCGACACAACGAGCAAAAUCACCUGCCACGCCCACGGGCAGCUGUACCGUCCACCACCCCCCACGCCCCCCGCUCCGAGGGACAUCCAUCCAUCAUGUCCGGCGCCAGCAGCACGGACAACGGCCCGUCGCAGGGCCAGUCUGUGCAGGACCUGCAAAUGGAGGUGGAGCGCCUCACCCGCGAGCUGGACCAGGUCUCCUCCGCCAGCGCCCAGUCCGCCCAGUACGGACUGUCCCUGCUGGAGGAGAAGUCCGCCCUGCAGCACAAGUGCGAGGAGCUGGAGACGCUCUACGACAACACGCGCCACGAGCUGGACAUCACACAGGAGGCCCUGACGAAGUUCCAAACCUCACAGAAGGUGACCAACAAGACGGGAAUCGAACAGGAGGACGCCCUGCUGAAUGAAUCCGCUGCCAGGGAGACAUCGCUCAAUCUCCAGAUUUGUGAUCUGGAAAACGAGCUCAAACAGCUGCGCCAUGAGUUGGAAAGGGUUCGCAACGAGCGCGACAGGAUGCUGCAGGAGAACUCCGAUUUCGGGCGGGACAAGAGUGACAACGAGGCGGACCGCCUGCGUCUCAAGGCCGAGCUAAAGGACCUCAAGUUUCGCGAGACGCGAAUGCUCAGCGAGUACUCGGAACUGGAGGAGGAGAACAUAUCGCUGCAGAAGCAGGUCUCCAAUCUGCGCAGCUCGCAGGUGGAAUUUGAAGGUGCCAAACAUGAGAUCCGUCGACUCACUGAAGAAGUUGAGCUUUUGAAUCAACAAGUCGAUGAGCUGGCGAAUCUGAAGAAGAUUGCUGAGAAGCAAAUGGAGGAGGCGCUAGAGGCUCUGCAGGGUGAACGCGAGGCGAAGUACGCUUUGAAGAAGGAGCUGGAUGGUCACUUGAACCGCGAGUCCAUGUAUCACAUCAGCAAUCUGGCCUACAGCAUACGCAGCAACAUGGAGGACAACGCCAGCAACAACUCGGAUGGUGAGGAGGAGAAUCUGGCUCUGAAGCGCCUGGAGGCGGACCUUAGCACCGAGCUAAAAUCCCCCGACGGCACCAAGUGCGAUCUCUUCUCGGAGAUACAUCUGAACGAAUUAAAAAAACUGGAGAAGCAGCUGGAGAGCAUGGAGAGCGAGAAGACCCACCUGACGGCCAACUUAAGGGAGGCGCAGACGAGUCUGGACAAGUCACAAAACGAGCUGCAGAACUUCAUGUCUCGCUUGGCUCUUCUUGCGGCCCAUGUCGAUGCUCUAGUUCAGCUAAAGAAGCAAAUCGACGUAAAAGAGCAGGGCAAGGAUAGCGACCAGAAGAAGGAUGAGCUGGAGCAGCAACUGCGAGCUCUGAUCUCGCAGUAUGCUAACUGGUUCACUCUCUCAGCCAAGGAGAUCGAUGGCCUUAAGACUGACAUUUCCGAGCUGCAAAAGGGCCUCAACUACACGGACGCCACCACUACGCUGCGCAACGAGGUGACCAACCUGAAGAACAAGCUUCUGGCCACGGAGCAAAAGUCCCUGGACUUGCAGAGCGAUGUUCAAACUCUCACGCACAUCUCGCAGAACGCUGGCCAAAGUCUGGGCUCAGCCCGCAGUACUUUGGUGGCCUUAAGCGACGACCUGGCCCAGCUGUAUCACCUUGUGUGCACCGUCAAUGGAGAAACGCCAACGCGUGUCCUGCUUGAUCACAAGAGCGACGAUAUGAGUUUCGAAAACGAUUCUCUGACUGCCAUCCAGUCGCAAUUCAAAUCGGAUGUUUUUAUUGCCAAACCUCAGAUCGUCGAAGAUCUGCAAGGCUUGGCUGAUUCCGUGGAGAUCAAGAAGUACGUGGAUACAGUCAGCGAUCAGAUCAAGUAUCUGAAGACUGCUGUGGAGCACACCAUCGAUCUGAACAAACACAAAGUGCGCUCAGAGGGUGGGGAUGCUCUGGAGAAGGUCAACACCGAGGAGAUGGAGGAACUGCAGGAGCAGAUAGUCAAGCUGAAGAGCCUGCUGUCCGUGAAGCGCGAACAGAUCGGAACUCUGCGCAACGUGCUCAAGUCAAACAAACAAACCGCCGAGGUGGCUCUCACCAAUCUCAAGUCCAAGUACGAGAACGAGAAGAUCAUUGUCAGCGACACCAUGUCCAAGCUGCGUAACGAACUCAGGCUUCUCAAGGAGGAUGCAGCCACCUUCUCAAGUCUGCGUGCCAUGUUCGCCGCUCGCUGCGAGGAGUAUGUGACCCAGGUGGAUGAUCUCAACCGCCAGCUAGAAGCUGCUGAGGAGGAGAAGAAGACAUUGAACCAGUUACUCCGAUUGGCUGUCCAGCAGAAGCUGGCACUCACCCAGCGACUGGAGGAGAUGGAAAUGGAUCGCGAAAUGCGACACGUCCGUCGCCCGAUGCCCGCCCAGCGCGGCACCAGCGGCAAGUCCUCCUUCAGCACGAGGCCUUCGAGCAGGAAUCCAGCGAGCAGCAACGCCAACCCAUUCUAACAUAAGAUCAGCGUGCAGCGUAAACUUCUGGCUUUGGUUUAUACUUUGCUUAAGUUGUAAUUUCGUUGGAGUUCCUGCGGAAAGAGAGGGGGAGAUAUUCCCAAAAUCACAAGAUAUACUGCAAACGUAUUUUAGAACGAAGCUAUAUCCAUGCUCUAUCCAACUACUAUAACUAUGUUUGUUUGUAUUGUAUUUGUAUUUAUUGAAAGUUUAGUUAGAUGAAAGUUUUGUGUUAGACAAGGAAGCAGCAAACGGUUAUUAACGGUUAGUUACUUAAACGUCCAAUUAAUUUAAUUAAACCAACAUAAGGGAAAAGAUUAAAUAAUAACGUAACGAAAUGUAUUUUUCUAUGAACAUGUGACGUACUUGAAGGCGUCGAAAUUUGGUUUGAUCUGAGUUUUGUUAACUUUCGCGUUGAUUAUUAGAUUUUUGUUACAACGCUGUGCGCAAGCGAAAAAAAAUUGACAAACCUAAACGAUAAAAAAGUUGAAGUUGAACAAAAGAUAUUGAUAUUGGCAACUGAACCAUGUAUUAAUUGGCCAGCCCGAUAACUAAGAGUAUUUUUCCACGGCCCAGUUCAAACUAAGUGGCCCUAAUGUACGUAAGGAACAAGUGACCAGAUUUUUGGUCGAAAUGUAUAUUAUCGAUGGCUUGCGGCCAUUGAACAGAGUAGCAAAAGGCUACGUCUCAAAGACGAUUCUGAAUGAUGAUGACUUUUGUAUUUAUUAAACGGCAUUUGGCCGUCUUGCAGUGAGGAAAUUCUAGGAAAUUAAUUAUAAUUUGCAAUGGAGAAUAAAACAAACAAAGUUUUUUUGGUUUAUUUAUCAUUAAGUGCAGACAUAACUUAUGAUUUGUGCAUUAUUAUCAUUAAGUGCAGACAUAACUUAUGAUUUGUGCAUUAUUAUUUAAUACAUUUAAUAAACUGCAACACAAAAACAUUAA